AUGGUUGAGCAAUGUGUCAGUACUUGCUUACCAAUCGACGGAAAUGAAAACGUGUACAAAGAGGGCUCAAGGAUCGCUUACGUCGCAUCUAUCACACUGAGCAAAUUAAACAGCAUAAUGAAGCAAAUGAAAAAUUGGCACGAUGAUCGGACGAAACUCAGAGCUAACAUUUGGCAACUGAAGCUGGCGCUACAAGUUGCCGGAAGAGAAAUGGAUGACACCUUGCAUGCUGAUCCGUUAAUCGAGAAUCAAAGGGCAACGAUCAAACGACUCAAAGGGGUGAAUCAGGUGUUGAAGAAAGAAAUAGCGGAGUUUAAAAGCACUUUAAUCGAGGAUCGGUAUGUUAUGUCCGACAAUGCUUGGAAAUCUGACGACAAGCUCCUCGAAGUCAAACAAGAGUCACACGUCAAAGAGGAACAUUUGAGCAACAAAAUUCUUCAUUUCGAAAGUCGAUCGAAAAAAGAUGAAGACGAGCGUGGUUCUGAGCUCAAACAUUUUAAGUGCAAACUGAAGCAUUUCAUGAUGAUCGAUCACACAAUAGAAAUAGUAUUUAUCGACAUAGUCAACAGGGUCGCCGAGACGAUUGCGAAUCUCUACGAGGAGCUAGCGAAUGUCAGCGAACACUUACAAGUGUCUAAACUGAAGAAUGAUAGUUUACAUUAUGAAAUGGAUAAAUUAAGAGCCAUGCUGCGAUUGAAGUGUAACAAUUCGGAGGACUAUCAAAAAAGGAUCGUCGAAUUGGACAACCUAGCGAAUCAUUUGAAAGUAGAACUGGGAGUAUGUAGAGCCAAUUUGGAAGAGAAAUCCUGGGAUACGAAUUGGGUUAGACAAGGUAACCUAAAAAAUGCUGAACGAUUGGCGAUCGAGCUGAAAAAUAAACUGAAAAACGAUUACGAGGCUAUACUUGCCGCUGGCGAUCCCGAUUGCUUACAAUAUAUUAAAAAGAUUAUUGGCCUACGCAUGAAUUUAAAGCAUUUGCAUGUCGAAUUGAUGAAAUCCUGGCAUUUCGAAAAGGAAAGAAAAAAUAGUGGAUGCUUGAAACAGACUUCUGUCCUAGACGAUAAUCUGAAGCAUAUCUGCACCGAGAUCGAUAAAUUUAAAAACGACUAUGUAACGAAACAGCGUAAAGUCGAGGGGCCCGGAAGUCUUCAGUACCUACACAAACUGGAAGAGCUGGAAGCGAUCGUCGGAAAGGCGAGAACGAUGAUAAAUGUGUUGAAUCGGCAAACGAGAGGAAACUCGAACGAAGGGGCGGACAUUGAAAAAUUAGAGAAGCUCGUUCGCGAAGUAUGUCGUGAGAUCAAGCAAUUGGAAGUGAUCGUUGCGUCUAACGAUAGCUCGAGUUUGUUCAAGAGAAUCGAGCAACUGGAGGAGUCGAUCGUUCGAUUAAAAGUGGAGGCGAACGAGAAGGACGAACGGGCGGAGCUAAUCAAGCAGAAGUUAUCCGACGCGAAGGCGUCACUUGAGCAAAGGACCGUGGAACUCAAAGACACGCAAGGAAGAGUAACGGCGCUGACGGAAGAAAACAACAUGUUCAAGGCAAAAACGAAGGAGAUGAAGGAAAGGAUAUCGAAGCUUCAGCGUGAACAGGAGAGCGACAAAAAGGAGGUGGAACAGUUAGAACAGAUAAUCAGCCAAGCAAAUUCGAUGAGAAAGAAAUUGCUGAACGCUCAGACCGAUAAAGAAAGGUUAUUAAAGGAAAUCGGCAAGAUGCGUGACAGUUUUCAGAAAAAGAAUGAUGAAAUUAAAUUGAUCGUUUCUGAAAAAGAUGCUAUGGAAAAGACGUUGAACGAGAAGAUUGCCGAUAUCGGAAAGAAUGUUCACGUUACAUCAAAGGAAAAGAUGAAGUUGCUCAAUAAAAUGAAUGUCUAUCAAUCUACGAACGUCCAUAAGGAAACCGAAAACGCGAAGGAAAUGCAAGAGUUAUCUGCGGACAACAAUGUACAGCGACUAAAAGAGGAGUUGCAAACGUCGAUGCAGCAGUUGAAUAACGCGAAUCGCGAGAUCGUCGAUCUGAAAACCGAAUUGAAGACUUUUUCUAUCAGCAAGGCGAGAAUGGAAGAGGACAUUCUCCACCUGAAGGCGAUAGAGGAGAAACUGGUACGUCAAUUAAACGCUGAGAAAGCUACGGCUGGAAUAAAGGCGAUGGAACUAACUAAAUUAGUAUCGGACUACAAUGAAUUGAACGACGAAAGAAUUCAGCUAAAGAACGAAAAAAGACAAUUGGCGAUGGAAUUAACGAAUUUGAAGAUGGAAAAGGAAUUACUAAACAAAUCUUUGAGAGACAUUAACGCAAACUACUUGAAGCUGGAGGACGAAACCAAGGAGUACAAGUUCAAAUGCAAUGUCCUCCGGGACGAGAUAAGAAACUUCAAAAUAAGCACGGAAGAUCUAGCUUCCAGGUUAGAAGACGCACGAGCGGAGUUGAAUGGCGCAGGGGAUAAAAUAAAACGUUUGGAAUGCGAGAAUUCGCGAAACUGCGACAGCUUACUCGCGUUGACUUUAAAGAACACCGAUUUCGAGAGCCGUGUGCGAGUGCUUCUGGCAGAAAGGGAUGACCUCGCGACGCGUAUUAACGAGCUCGACGCCGAAAACGUCGCCUUGAAGAAUCAGCUGAAUAAAGUUGAAACGAAAAACGAAUAUUCUUCUAUCAAAUUCGAGAAAUUGAGAACGGAGCGUGACAAAGCGGAAUCACAGAAUGUGUCAUUGCGGAACAAGCUCAACGAAACGAUAGAAAACAACGAGACGCUACGGAGGACGGUGGAGGAUCUGAAAAUAAAAUUGAGCAAUGUCCACAGUGAGCAUAGAAUAAUCGAAAAUCAAAUGAAGAUAUUAGAAUUGAUGAACACAACGUUGAAAAAGGAGAAGGAGUCGCUGUAUUGUGAAUACGUUAACAAUUUACGAUUCGAUGGUUCGAAAGCGGAAAAAGAGGAAAUCAUGGCGAUAAAAGACUUGAAUUCCAUCAAACCCACUGAGCAAAUUAAGGACCAUAUUCCGGAGAACCGUGACAAUAAAGCAAAGAAGGAUGACAUGAAACCCGUCAAACGCAUGAACGAGAAGAUGAAGACAAAGGAUAAGAAGGAUGAACUGAAGAAACUGAUGGUAGAGAACAAAGCUUUGAAGUACGAGUUAUCGAACUUGAGGAGACAAAACUUUGAGGUCAAGGUGAUAUUGAGUCGUAUGAAAGAGGAAUUUCAGAAGCACAGGUUUGAGUUAGCCCAAAGCAAGAAGAACGAAACUGCAAUUAGACCUAUCAUGAAUCUUUAUUAUAAUGAGAUUAACAGCUAUACGGAUCGUUAUUCGGACGACUCUGCAGGUGCUGUAGCGUGUAUCGACCGAGCAAGUGUUUGUUACAGCAGGGAGAUAACAGGUCAACAGCCUGGAAUAGAGAUCGAGGGAUUAUUAGAACUCUUCAAUAAAAUGAAAAUCGAGAACGUUGCCCUCAAAAUGGAAUUAAACACGCUGAGAUGCAAUUUUGUCGUUAAUUUUUCAGAAAACGAAAAGAAAUAUCUUCAACUGCAAGAUGCGUCGGAGGAGAUUCAAGCUUUGAAAGUGGAAGUAACGAAACUACGAGACGAGAAGGAAUCUGUACAAAUUCAGCUGGAAGUAACCAGAACGAAAUUGUUCCAGCUAGAGUCCGAGAAGGUCGCAUUGAAAGAUGAACUGUAUACCUUGAGAAAUUUCAAUACCGACCUUAGACGUAAAGCGGACGAAUUACAAUACGAUUAUCAAAAAUUGAAGGAAAUAAACGCGGGUUUAAAAAGUUCCAUAAUGGGAGCAAUGAAGAAGAUACAGAAGCAUACAAUGAGCACAACGGAUAUCACUGACGAUCAACUAAAAGAUAUUUUAAAAAAACACAUUUUAAACGAAGAACUUUCUCAAUCAAUAAAUAAAGCGGGAAUAAGUUUAGAAGAAAUGUAG